AUGCUUAUCUUUGGCUUUCCAAAUAAGUAUUGCAAUUAUAUUGAAAAAAAAACAAAACAUAAACAAUGGAGAAACAGACGUUGGUGGGUUCGUCCAUUAAUUCAAAAAAAUUAUUUAGAUGAGUUUUCAAUCCUAAUCGAAGAAUUUAAAAAUGAUAAAGAGUUCUUCUUUCAUUAUACUCGGAUGUCAUUAGAAAUAUACAAUGAUCUUUUGAAAAAGAUCCACAUCUCCAUUAUAUAUAUAACAAGUAGAGAAUCCGUAUUAUCUAUUGCUUUACAUUACCGUGUGGGUGAAUCUAUUCGUACUAUAAUUAUUGAAACUUGCUCAGUUAUUAUUGAUAUAUUACCCAUUUAUUUGAAACAACCUAAGGAAGAAGAUUGGUUUCGUAUCUCUUCACGUUGGAAAAUACUUUCAAAACCUAUAAGAAUGAAUGUCGACAAAGUUGAAAGAAUAAUUGGGGCUUGUAUGCCUCCACAAUUUCAUAAUAUCUAUGCAAUCUGAACGACCAGAAAUAAACGAAA